AUGAGAGCCUCCUGGUUGGGGUGGUCCCUCAUCUCUCUAUUAGCGGUUCCGACACUGUCCGCACCUUCGGACGGGGAAUCGAGCAGUGUCAACCGAUUGCAGAAAAGAUCUAACAAAGGACUUGAUCCUGAGGUGCCAUCUGUUUUCAAUGGCCUUGAUGUGCCUCCGUUGUUCCAACUGACACAGAGUAAUUUUGAAGAGACCACCAAAGAUGGCAUCUGGAUGGUGAAACAUUAUUCCCCAGCCUGCGCUCACUGCAGAAAGGCUGCGCCAUACUACCAAACAACCUACGAGUACUACUACACCUCGAACCCUAUUACGCCAUCUUCUGGAAAAACCCCGGACCCUAAAUCCGUCAACUCCUUUACACAAUACUAUAACUUUCACUUCGCAUCUAUGAACUGUCUCACCGACGGCGACCUCUGCGAGAAACUUGGUAUCGGAGCCUACCCAACCUUUGCCUUCUACGAAAACGGCGUGCAGAAGGACACUUUUGUCGGCGCGAAGAAAAUUGAGGACCUGAGCAAGCUCAUCGAAGAAAGGCUCGAGGCGACUAAGCCUGGUUCUCGUCCUCCGCAGGGCAUCAAAUUGCCCGAGGUUGGCGCACCUGGCGUGGACUCAACCGCAGAGCCUGAUUCGCCGGUUGCGAAGGACAAGGACCCGGAGGCUGGAGUCAAGGCUGGAGAGAAGCAGAAUGAACUGGUUUCUCAACAGACACCGCCGUCAUCUGUGAACACCAAGUCGGAUGAUACCACUGUUGUCAAGACCAAGCCGAAGAGCGCACCCCCCAACCCGCAGGGCGUUUCCGUUCCCCUCACUGCCGAGAGCUUCCAAAAACUUGUGACCACUACGCAAGACUCCUGGUUUAUCAAAUUCUACGCCCCUUGGUGCCCCCACUGCCAGGCCAUGGCUCCCAACUGGCAGGAGAUGGCCAAGGAAAUGAAAGACACCUUGAAUAUUGGUGAAGUGAACUGUGAUGUUGAAUCCCGCCUUUGUGAGGAUGCGCGAGUCAACGCUUUCCCCACUAUUUACUUCUUCCGUGGUGGUCAGCGAGUGGAAUAUACUGGUCUCCGUGGCCUGGGCGAUUUGCUCUCGUUCACUAACAAGGCCAUUGGUCCUUACUCUGAGAUCGAGGACGUGGAUGCAGCCACUUUCAAGGAGCUGGAGGAGACUGAAGAGGUCCUUUUCUUGUACUUUUACGACCUUGCGACCACGUCGGAGGACUUUGCGGCCAUGGACCGUUUGACUCUCAGCCUUGUGGGUCACGCUCGGAUUGUGAAGACCAGCAGCGCUGCUUUGGCCGAGCGAUUCAAGAUCUCGACCUGGCCACGCCUUUUGGUAGUCCGCGAUGGUCGCCCCAACUAUUACAACGCCCUUGCACCGAAGGAUAUGAGAGACUUCCGGCAAGUCCUGUCUUGGAUGCAGACAGUUUGGCUGCCAAUUGUUCCCGAACUCACGGCUUCCAAUGCUCGCGAAAUUAUGGACGGCAAAUACGUGGUCCUUGGUAUUCUCAGCCGCCGCCGCUCCGACGAUUUUAAGCAGUCUAGGCGGGAGUUGAAGGAAGCUGCUUCCGAGUGGAUGGAUAAGCAAAUUCAACUGUUCCGCCUCGAGCGAUCUGAACUUCGUGAUGCCAAGCAAUUGCGCAUCGAGGAGGCGGAUGACCGUAAUGAUCAGCGCGCGCUACGGGCCGCUAAGAACAUGCGCAUCACGAUUCGCGAGGAUGAUAAGAAGCCGGUCCACUUUGCCUGGAUUGAUGGUGACUUCUGGGAGCGCUGGCUCCGCACUACUUACGGUAUCGACGUGGAGAACGGUGACCGUGUCAUUGUGAACGAUGAAGAUAACCGUCGUUACUGGGAUACUGCUUCCAGUGGGGCUCCCAUUAUGGCCUCGCGUACCUCGAUCCUUGAGACCAUCCCUCUUGUCAUUUCCUCCCCUCCCAAGCUGUCCCCUAAGUCCACGAUCGGUACUCUGGAGACAUUCUUCUUCUAUACGCGAUCCUUCCUCAGCAGUCACCCUAUUCUAUUCUUCAUUCUCUUGGGCCUGACGGUGGCUGUGGCCGCAAUUUUCGGCCGUGGACGCUUCCUGCGUCGCACUGGUCUUGCUCGUGGCGGCAUUCUGGGCAACUCUAACGGUGGUACUAGUGGUGGCUUCUUCCACCUGGAUGGGAAGGAGGGAUUCUUGAACGGAGGUUCGACCGGAAAGGUCGACUAA